AUGGAUACAGUUGAAAAGAGCGGUGGUGAAUGUGAAAUCGACGGAUAAUGCGUGUUUUGGAUGGGCAAUGACUGCUGCUCUUCAUCCGGUAGACCGAUACAGCGAUCGCACAUCUUCUUACCCGCAUUAUUCGACGAUAUUCGACUUCCGAGGCAUCAACUUCCCUAUGACGUUGGACCAGAUUGGGAGAUUUGAAAAGAUGAAUAAUCUCUCAAUCAACGUCUAUAGCGAGAACAAGGAAGUCAUUUUACCAGUCCGCGUGAGCAAGGAGAAAAAAGAGCGCCACAUCAACUUGCUGUACAUUGAAGACGUGUCGGGAUGUGGAAUUGGACACUUUGCGUGGAUCAAGAAUUUAUCCCGACUAGUCAACUCUCAACUUAAUACUGAUGGGCACAAGAAAUAUAUCUGUGAUCGAUGCCUGCAUUACUUUUCAACCAUCGAAAAGCUACAGUCUCAUGAGGUUGAUUGCGGCGUACUCAACGAUUGUGCUGUUCGACUACCGGGCGAAAACGACAAAUGGCUGGAAUUCACGAACGCCAAUCGUAAGGAGCGUCUCCCGUUCGUGGUAUAUGCCGACCUCGAAUGUAUCCUGGAGAAGACCAACGCUGAUGAGAGGGAGAAAAAUAAGAGCCAACAUCAUCGUGUCUUCAGCGUUGGAUAUUAUGUCAAGUGCUCCUACCAAAUAUGACACUAGUGACUAUCCCCAUGACAACAUCUAUGGUAUACCGCUAGUCAACAAAAAGGUCCCGGGUCUCAUGAAAGAUGAAAACAAUGGGGCCAUAAUGACUGAAUUCGUUGGACUUAGAUCGAAGAUGUAUGCGACGCGAGUUGAAGGUAAGAACGAUGUUAAAAAAGCAAAAGGAGUAAAAAGUAAUGUUGUUGCGAGAACCAUAAGAUUUGAGGAUUACGUGACAUGCCUUAAUCAGCAGAUCGAGAUGAAACGUUCUCAAUCUUCAAUUCGCUCGACAUUACACAAUGUCUAUACCAUCACAGAGACAAAAAUUGCUCUAAGUCCACACGAUGACAAGCGGUAUGUCAUACCUGGAACGGUAGACACGUUGCCAUGGGGCCAUUACAGUAUUCCUGAAUUUCCAGAAGCUAUGGAGUCAUAGAUCAUACGAAUGUGUGCUCAUGAGUGUUAAAGAUUGAGAGAAUAUAUUUGUACAUUGAAUGCGAAAAAAA